AAAGCCCCCAUGCGUUCAACGCUCAGUCCUAAACACGUGCUGUUAGAGUAGCUGCGUGUUGAAGUUCCUCUAGCUUUCGAGAAUCUAAACAAGCUAUUUUAGCUACAUAAACAAGCUAUUUUAGCUACACAGACGUAUAGUCCUCCGUGAAGCAUUCGCCGAGAGGAGAAAUAUCAGAAAUUAACGGAAGUAAGCAUGACUGAAGCCGAAGUGAAUCCCAAGGCCUACCCCCUGGCCGACGCCACACUUUCCAAAACCAUCCUGGACCUUGUGCAGCAAGCAUCUAACUACAAACAGUUGAGGAAAGGGGCCAAUGAGGCCACCAAGACAUUGAACCGUGGUAUCUCUGAGUUCAUUGUGAUGGCUGCUGAUGCUGAGCCACUGGAGAUCAUCCUCCACCUGCCACUGCUCUGCGAGGACAAGAAUGUCCCCUACGUGUUUGUGCGCUCUAAGCAGGCCCUGGGUCGUGCCUGUGGGGUCUCCCGCCCCGUCAUCGCCACCUCAAUCACCAUCAAGGAGGGCUCUCAGCUGAAGCCCCAGAUCCAGUCUACCCAGAUGGCCAUUGAGAGACUGCUGGUCUGAUCUGGUUGCUGCUCUGCUCUCUAUUGUAUUGGAUAGUCUGAAGGACUAUAUCAGGCAAUUUAAUAAUGUCUUCUUUUGGAUAGUUGAAUUGUCUUUGGAAGAUGCAUUGUAUUUUGUCAGGGACAUGCAAAGAAAAUGAUUCAUUUCUGUGUACUAUGUUAUGUAAUUGACUCUUUUGUUUUGUGAUAAUAAAACAUUUCUUUUUAAUAAUGUG